AAGCUUAUUUUGUAAAUAGUUUUUAAUAUUAUUUGUAUUUGUCCAUUUCUCACUGAAUGUACAUUUAUCAUUAAAUGAUUGUACCUGUUGUUUAAGUAAAUGACCUUGAAGACUUUUUCCGUUGUGUUACUAACAUAGCGUGACAUACUUUCGGUGGUUCGCAAAUACACUACUACGCACAUACCCAUUGUUCUAUUCUCGCUCGCUACCGAGUCAAUUGUGUUCUAAACUGGAUAUUAUCCUCAUUUUAGACUGCUGUGUCAUUUCCAUUAUAUCCCACGUCAAAGAAACUUAUUGGUGUCAAAUUUACCUCCGUGGAAUUAUUACACAUUUAUAAUUGUGGAUUUAUGGGACCAAAACUCAACAGAAUACGCAACCACUAGCCAAUUUAAGUAACGUCCCUGAACUUUUAAUUUGUGUUGUUAAUUUAUAAAUUAUUAUUGUUACAUUAAUUUUGGACGUAAUAACUUUAUCACUGAUUUUUGGUUAUUAUACUUUUUGGUCCACCACAAUUAUUUGGUGAGCCUCGUUUUUUUUAUAUAGUCAUUUACCUUAUAUAUCUGCAUAUAUUUUUUUUAUUAUUAUUACCUGGCACGACACCAUUUUUUUGUUUUUGUCAUUAUGAACUCUCCGGGUAAACUUAUUGAUAUUGAUAAUUCACCGUCCAAUCUUCUAAGCUCUCCACAACCAGAGGAUAAUGCUUUCAACUCGAUCAACGCUAUCUCAGAGUUAAGAUUACCAACGUAUUGUAUUAAUAAUCCAAGAAUCUGGUUUGCUCAGAUUGAAGCUUUAUUCAUGGCUAGAGGCAUAAAAUCUCAGGCAUCAAAGUAUGCAUACGUAGUCGGUGCACUUCCUGUUGAGAUUGCCGCUGAAGUUGGAGAUUUAAUCGAUCACGUGCCAGAAUCUGAACCAUACGAUAAGAUAAAAGCAGCAGUUAUUCAACGCACCACGGUCUCAGAUGAGAAAAGGCUGCAACAAUUGCUAACGUCUUGUGACUUGGGAGAUAAAAGACCCUCUCAACUUCUCCGCCACAUGAAACAACUCGCCGGUCCAUACAGGCUAGACGAAGCCCUCCUAAAGCAAAUGUGGUUUCAAAGAUUACCACACAGCGUUAGACAAAUUCUCAGUGUUUCAGGGAAAUCCGUCGCACUUGAUGACUUAGCCGACAUGGCGGAUAAAAUGAUGGAAGUCUACCAUGAGAGUCACGGUGUGAACUCAUUGCAACCACCUGGACCACUAGAUAUUAGCUGUUUAGUCUCCUUUCAAAAGCAGUUAACGCAUUUAACGAGCCAGCUAGCGUCUCUGCAAUCAACCAUAGCAACCAUCCAAGCUAGACAAUCGAGAUCCCCCUCCAGACGAAGAUCUUUUUCUAGACAACGGUCUAGGUCACCGAAGCGAACAUCUGAUGUUUGUUGGUACCACCAAAAAUACGGCACCAAAGCACGGCGUUGUACACGACCGUGCACAUUUUCUGCGUCUGACACAGAGAAUCAGGGAAACGGUCCGGCCAGACAGUGAUGGCGGCGCCUGUUUCUGGCCACUACCCGAGCCGUCUAUUUCAUGUCAGGGAUCGAAUUUCGGGCUCAGAUUUUUUGGUCGAUACGGGAGCCGAAAUCAGCAUUAUCCCAUUGCACCUCUCUCAACGACGGCACACUCAGAGUACUAAAUUGUCUCUAGUCGCAGCCAAUAACACAGUCAUUAAGACUUAUGGCGAACAAUCACUUAUUUUAGAUCUCGGUCUCCGGAGACGUUUCACAUGGGUUUUCAUCGUAGCAGAAAUCAAACAACCCAUUAUCGGGGCCGAUUUUCUCGGUGCUUACAACCUACUUGUAGAUAUGGCAAAAAAGAAACUAAUCGACAAAAACACAAGCUUACAGGUCAGUGGCACAACUAUCUCCAGUUACGAAAUCCAUGGAGUCCGUAUGUUAAGACCUGAGAACAAAAUUUUCACCGAUAUCCUGUCGAAGUAUGAAAGUAUAACCAGAGCCGAUUACCAAAACGAAUGCUCCAAACAUCAUGUCCAACACAGUAUUACUACUACAGGACCACCUAUCCGCGCCAGGGCGAGAAGACUCCCUCCAAACAAGUUGCAGUUCGCUAAGAGAGAAUUCGAACAUAUGAUGCAACUUGGGAUAAUCAGACAAUCUAACAGCCCUUGGGCCUCGCCGCUGCAUAUGGUUCCCAAGAAAGAUCAAGACUGGCGCCCAUGUGGAGAUUAUCGCCGUUUGAAUAACCAGACUAUCCCAGACCGGUAUCCGAUACCUCACCUGCAUGAUUUUUCUUUAAAUCUACAUGGAAAACAGAUUUUUUCAAAGUUAGAUCUAGUCCGAGCAUACCAUCAAAUACCGAUGGCACCUGAGGAUAUCGAGAAAACAGCCGUAAUCACACCUUUUGGCUUGUUUGAGUUCUUGAGGAUGCCUUUCGGACUAAAAAACGCCGCUCAAACCUUCCAGAGAUUUAUGGACGAAGUAACUAGAGGUUUGGAUUUCGUAUUUGUCUAUAUCGACGAUGUUUUAAUCGCUAGUUCUUCCAUUGACGAACAUGUUCAGCACCUACACACACUUUUUGAACGUUUCAAAAGUUAUGGUGUUGUAAUCAACCCUUCGAAGUGUAUAUUUGGCGCCUCAUCUCUGGAAUUCCUGGGACACCACAUUGAUUCCCAAGGAAUUAAACCGCUUGAAGAGAAAGUCAAAGCUAUCUCCAGCUAUCCAGAACCAACCUCAGUAAAAUCACUACGUCGUUUUCUCGGAACAUGUAAUUUUUAUCGACGAUUUCUACCAAAUUGUGCCGAUGUACUUCAGCCAUUGACAGAUUUACUGAAAAACGAUAAAUCAGGUACCAAGAAAGAAAAGAACCAAAUAUUCAAGUUACCUUCCGACGCCAAAAUAGCAUUUGAAAAAGCUAAAUCCAUGAUUGCUAAUGCUACCAUGCUCCAACACCUAAAUACUGACCCCACAACACUGUUGAUCCUAUGCACGGAUGCUUCACAAAAAGCCGUUGGGGCAGUAUUACAACAGCGGGUAAACAACACUAUUACCCCCAUUGCCUUUUUCUCCAAGAGAUUAUCGCCAGCACAAGAACGUUAUAGUACUUUUGGACGCGAACUCUUAGCUAUGUAUUUAGCAGUAAAACAUUUCAACUUUUUGCUACAGGGUCGUGAUUUCAUCAUUAUGACAGAUCACAAACCUCUUUGCCAUUCUUUUAGCACAUCGUAUGACAAACACUCCCCACGAGAAGCAAGACAACUUGAUUAUAUCUCCCAAUUUACCACAGACAUCAGGUUUAUCAAAGGUCACAUGAACAUUGUUGCAGAUGCACUAUCUAGGAGGGAUAUCAAUACGAUGGUACUCAAUCAUGACAUCAGCCUUGAAACCUUAGCUAAAUUACAAGCAGACGAUGCAGAAUUGAAAGCCUGCAAAGAAAAGUCUAGCUUAGAUCUCAAACCUGUACCGAUUCCUCUUUCAGAUACAUUUAUCAUAUGCGACACUUCAACAGGCAACAAUCGUCCGUUUGUCCCGCACGCUUGCCGACGAAAAAUAUUUCAACAUUUACAUGGUCUUUCACAUCCAGGCAUCAGAGCAACAACAAAGCUCAUUACUGAACGUUUUGUGUGGCCUAAAAUCAACUCGGAUGUUAAACGUUGGACACGUAACUGUCUCCAGUGCCAACGCAGUAAGACGCAAAAACACACCUACAGUCCAAUUGGGAAGUUCCCUAUCCCUGACAAACGCUUCCAGCACGUGCAUUUAGAUUUAGUUGGGCCUCUGCCACCAUCAAACUCUUUCACACAUAUCCUCACCGCAAUAGAUAGGUUCACAAGAUGGGCCAUAGCAUGCCCCAUUAAAGACACAUCAGCAGAAACAGUUGCUUCAGUCUUCCUUGACCGCUGGAUAACUAACUAUGGAGUACCAUCAAUAAUCACAACAGAUCGUGGUCCUCAAUUUCAAUCUGUCCUUUUCCAGGAGUUCACUAAACUUCUAGGGGUCAACCAUAUUAAAACCACAGCUUACCACCCAGCAGCUAAUGGCAUGGUUGAAAGAUUCCAUCGCCAAUUAAAAAGCUCACUGAUGGCGCAAGCUGACUCAUCAAAGUGGAGCGAUGCCUUACCGCUUGUACUCCUCGGUAUUCGUUCAACCAUAAAGGAAGACAUUGGAUGUACAGCCGCUGAGUUAGUCUAUGGUACAACUCUAACGUUACCCGGCCAAAUAGUCAACUAUGAACCUACAACGCACGGGGAUUCUACUCACUUCGCAAGCCGCCUAUUACAAAUGAUGCAGAACAUUAGAGCAAUACCACCUCGAGAAUACAACAACCGAGUCCAUCUCGAUAAACAUUUAGAAACGUGCAAAUUUGUUUUUGUUCGAGUAGACGCGGUAAAAAAGCCACUGACUCCACCGUACGAAGGCCCUUAUAAAGUAAUAAAACGCACCCACAAAUAUUUCAUUAUCAAUAAAAAUGGGAACAAGGAGACAAUUUCCAUUGACCGAAUAAAACCAGCUUUCUACGAAGUCCCUCAAGCCACAGAAGACAAUGCUGCGAACAAACAAUCACUCCCAUCAAUUGCUAAGAAACAAGAGGAAGAGAAAAAACUUAGCACUACACCCUCUUGUUUAACACGAUCUGGGAGACUUAUAAAAAAACCAAAGCGUUAUGUACAUUUUGCCAUAUAAAAAAAACACACAAAUAAAACAAUCAAAGCAAACAAUUAUCAAGGACCUACACUAUUAAUCUCAUCUAAAAAUUUUUUUUCUUUUCACAGUGUUCAUAAUUAAUCACUUUUUUUCCCACAAUUAUUCGUUUUGUCACAUUUUUUUUAAAAAAAAAUUGUAACAAUAAUAAACGGGUAAACUCUUUUUAAUUAUUUAUUCAUUAUACACAAAAAUAAGCGGUUCAAUUUUUUUUUGUGUGUGGGUUAUUAACAGUUUUACACAUUAUCCUUGUUAGCCAAACAAGACAUUAAAUGACAGUAUUUCCUCUUUUUUUUGUAUUCGUUAUGCUAUGCUACAUUAUUGCUAUUCUCAAACAACAACACACUCCAUCUUAUUAAUGUCAUAUCCAUCUCUACAACUUUUGUUGGUUAUAACUGUAAAUAUUAUUUUCGUAUAUACACAUAUAUCAUAUUCUUACAUUUUUUUUUAUUAUAACCAGUGUUACCUCCGGACACUCUGGGGGGAGCUAUGUGGAGAUAUAUCUGACAAGCUUAUUUUGUAAAUAGUUUUUAAUAUUAUUUGUAUUUGUCCAUUUCUCACUGAAUGUACAUUUAUCAUUAAAUGAUUGUACCUGUUGUUUAAGUAAAUGACCUUGAAGACUUUUUCCGUUGUGUUACUAACAUAGCGUGACAUACUUUCGGUGGUUCGCAAAUACACUACUACGCACAUACCCAUUGUUCUAUUCUCGCUCGCUACCGAGUCAAUUGUGUUCUAAACUGGAUAUUAUCCUCAUUUUAGACUGCUGUGUCAUUUCCAUUAUAUCCCACGUCAAAGAAACUUAUUGGUGUCAAAUUUACCUCCGUGGAAUUAUUACACAUUUAUAAUUGUGGAUUUAUGGGACCAAAACUCAACAGAAUACGCAACCACUAGCCAAUUUAA